AUGCUAAAAGACCCUUCCAUAAAAUAUAAAGCCUUUCAAGCCAUAAAAUUUCCCCAAAGAACUUGGCCUGAGAAAUCCAUCGCACAACCACCUCGAUGGUUGUCCACAGAUCUCCGUGACGGGAACCAAUCAUUGCCGGAUCCUAUGGGUAUCGAAGAAAAACAGGAGUACUUUCAAAUGUUGCUCCUGUUGGGCUUUAAGGAAAUUGAGGUUGCAUUUCCUUCGGCCUCAAAAACAGAUUUUGAUUUCACUAGAUAUGCAGUUGAAAACUGUCCCGAUGAUGUUACUAUCCAGGUUUUAACCCAAUCCAGAGAGCACUUGAUUAGAAGAACUGUUGAAUCAUUAAGAGGUGCUAAAAAUGCUAUUCUCCACAUAUAUUUAGCAACAUCAGAUUUGUUCAGGGAUGUUGUUUUCAAUAUGUCGCAAAAAGUGGCCAUAGAAAAGGCGGUGGAAGCAAUUAAAUUAGUCAGAUCAUUAACCAAAGAUGAUCCAAGUCAAAGUGGAACCAACUGGACGUUGGAAUUUUCUCCCGAAACAUUUAGUGAUACCCCAGAGGAAUUCGCCGUUGAAAUUUGCGAAGCAGUUAAAAGUGUGUGGGAACCAAGUGUUGAGAACCCUAUUAUUUUCAAUUUGCCUGCCACAGUUGAAAUGUCAACACCAAAUGUCUAUGCGGAUCAAAUUGAAUAUUUUUGCACACACAUAAGUGAGCGUGAAAAGGUUUGCGUUUCAUUGCACUGCCAUAACGAUCGUGGAUGUGCUGUUGCAGCAACAGAAUUGGGAUUGUUAGCGGGCGCUGACCGAGUGGAAGGAUGUAUCUUUGGAAAUGGUGAAAGAACAGGAAAUGUUGACAUAGUAACAGUGGCGUUGAACAUGUAUACCCAGGGCAUCUAUCCAAAUUUGGAUUUUUCGGAUUUGAAAUCUGUAAUGCAGGUGGUUGAGAGAUGCAAUAAAAUACCAGUGCCGGAAAGAGCACCCUACGGUGGAGAAUUGGUUGUUUGUGCUUUCAGUGGCAGUCAUCAAGAUGCCAUCAAAAAGGGAUUUGCCAGUCAAGAAAAGAGAUGGAAAGCUGGAGAUAAAACGUGGAAGAUUCCCUAUUUGCCUUUAGACCCAAGGGAUAUAGGGCGAGACUAUGAGGCUGUGAUCAGGGUUAAUUCUCAGUCUGGUAAAGGUGGAGCCGCCUGGGUUAUUUUGAAAAAAUUGGGAUUAGAUCUUCCAAGACAGUUGCAAAUUGUCUUCUCGACAUUGGUUCAAAAUCAAACCGACAAACACGGAAGAGAGUUGAAAGCCUUUGAAAUUGUGAAUUUGUUCAACAAAGAGUACUACGUUGACCAACAAAGCAAGCCAGUUUAUAUUGAAGAUUUUUCAAUUGCCAAAGGAAACAAGGAAGAGAGAUCGUUGGAAGCUGAACUCAUAAUACAGGGCAAAUCAGUGUUCAUCAAUGGUAAGGGCAAUGGGCCUAUCUCGUCCUUUGUAGAUGCAGUAUCGAAGUAUUUUGAUUUGCACUUGGAGGUGCUCAAUUACAACGAGCACACCUUGUCCGCUGGGAAGAAAUCCAAGGCUGCUGCGUUCAUUGAACUAAGCUUUAAGAACAAAAACAACGAGUCUCGAAAGAAAUGGGGAGUUGGCAUCCACGAGGACGUUUCAUUGGCUCCCAUGUUGGCCAUCACCUCUGUUUUAAACUCGAUGGUCGACAUUGGCGAGAUAGUUUUGUUGAAGAGCGAAUGA